CGUGCGUACGUGCUCGCUCACGGCGGCGGCGGCGGAGCGGAGAGGCCAGAGCCGGAGACCGAGCUGGGAUCGGGCCCCGGGCGGGGGCGGUGCGAGCGGCGCCAAGCAGAUCUUAGGGGCGGGGACGGAGCCGGGGCGGGCGGGACUGAAGCGGAGCCCGGGAACGGGGCGGGAGGUCCCAGGGUCCCGGGGUGGGGGGGUGGAGCAGCACUUCGUCGCCGCGGGGGUGCCGGGACUCCGGCCGCAGUGCCGCCGCCAUCACGGACUUCCUGUGGGACAAGCGCACGGGCCUCGCCGCCAGAACGAUGCCUCAUCCUCGAAGGUACCAUUCCUCAGAGCGAGGCAGCCGGGGGAGUUACCGUGAACACUAUCGGAGCCGAAAGCAUAAGCGACGAAGAAGUCGCUCCUGGUCAAGUAGUAGUGACCGGACACGACGGCGUCGGCGAGAGGACAGCUACCAUGUCCGUUCUCGAAGCAGUUAUGAUGAUCGUUCAUCCGACCGGAGGGUGUAUGACCGGCGAUACUGUGGCAGCUACAGACGCAACGAUUAUAGCCGGGAUCGGGGAGAUGCCUACUAUGACACAGACUAUCGGCAUUCCUAUGAAUAUCAGCGGGAGAACAGCAGUUACCGCAGCCAGCGCAGCAGCCGGAGGAAGCACAGAAGGCGGAGGAGGCGCAGCCGGACAUUUAGCCGUUCAUCUUCGCAGCACAGCAGCCGGAGAGCCAAGAGUGUAGAGGACGACGCUGAGGGCCACCUCAUCUACCACGUCGGGGACUGGCUACAAGAGCGAUAUGAAAUCGUUAGCACCUUAGGAGAGGGGACCUUCGGCCGAGUUGUACAAUGUGUUGACCAUCGCAGGGGUGGGGCUCGAGUUGCCCUGAAGAUCAUUAAGAAUGUGGAGAAGUACAAGGAAGCAGCUCGACUUGAGAUCAACGUGCUGGAGAAAAUCAACGAGAAAGACCCUGACAACAAGAACCUCUGUGUCCAGAUGUUUGACUGGUUUGACUACCAUGGCCACAUGUGUAUCUCCUUUGAGCUUCUGGGCCUUAGCACCUUCGAUUUCCUCAAAGACAACAACUACCUGCCCUACCCCAUCCACCAAGUGCGCCACAUGGCCUUCCAGCUGUGCCAGGCUGUCAAGUUCCUCCAUGAUAACAAGCUGACACAUACAGACCUCAAGCCUGAAAAUAUUCUGUUUGUGAAUUCAGACUAUGAGCUCACCUACAACCUAGAGAAGAAGCGAGAUGAGCGAAGUGUGAAGAGCACAGCUGUGCGGGUGGUAGACUUUGGCAGUGCCACCUUUGACCAUGAGCACCAUAGCACCAUUGUCUCCACUCGCCAUUACCGAGCACCAGAAGUCAUCCUUGAGUUGGGCUGGUCGCAGCCUUGUGAUGUGUGGAGUAUAGGCUGCAUCAUCUUUGAAUACUAUGUGGGAUUCACCCUCUUCCAGACCCAUGACAACAGAGAGCAUCUAGCCAUGAUGGAAAGGAUCUUGGGUCCUAUCCCUUCCCGGAUGAUCCGAAAGACAAGAAAGCAGAAAUAUUUUUACCGGGGUCGCCUGGAUUGGGAUGAGAACACAUCAGCUGGGCGCUAUGUUCGUGAGAACUGCAAACCGCUGCGGCGGUAUCUGACCUCAGAGGCAGAGGAACACCACCAGCUCUUCGAUCUGAUUGAAAGCAUGCUAGAGUAUGAACCAGCUAAGCGGCUGACCUUGGGUGAAGCCCUUCAGCAUCCUUUCUUCGCCCGCCUUCGGGCUGAGCCGCCCAACAAGUUGUGGGACUCCAGUCGGGAUAUCAGUCGGUGACGAUCAGGCCCUGGGCCCCCCUGCAUCUUUUAUAGCAGUGGGUGUCCAGUCCAGGACACUGGUGCUUUUUUAUACAAGAGAAUGAGCCAGAGUUCACUCCUUCCUCCUGGCUCUGUAUAUACCUGUGAAUAUGUGAAAUAGUGUAAAUAUGAAAGAACUUGUACCUAUCACUUUAACCCCUGCCUUGUACAUAAUGCUAUUCCAUCCACACAGUUUCCACCCUCACCUGCCCCCUCACACGGAGUUGGAUGGGGGCCGAGUGAGGUAACCAGGUGGCAUCUACCCCAUGUUUUAUAAGGAAUUUUGUACAGUCUUUGUGAAAUAAAAUAACGUGCUUCAUUUGA